CAAAUUAAAGCUGACCUCCUCAACCAGAAAAGGAAUAACAAGAUAAGAUUGCGUAUUGCAUAUAUAGCACAAAACAUCAAAGCUCCUGCUGAGCAUUAUCCAUGGCUUCCGUAGACAUCCCCAUCGGAAAACCUCUAAUUCAAAUUUGUGACGACAAUGACGACGACGAUGCUGAAUCCAACGAGACCCGGUUCAUUUACAUGUUAAACGCAAUCCUUAGCGGCACGGCGCGACUUAAUGUCCUGCUACCGACUGCAACUAUCCUGGGCUUCACCAUCUUUGCUCCACUGGCGACCAACGAUGGAUCAUGCGGUACACUAAACCGGUGGCUGACGGCCAUCUUCUUAGGCUUCUGUGUGUUGUCGUGCGCAUUCUUUACAUUGAUGGACAGUUACAGAACAGUAUCUGGAAGAAUUUGUUAUGGGGUUGCUACCAUCCAUGGGAUAUGGAGCUUAAGCGGCGGCCGGAGAAAGCCUGCCGACCCAUCGGCCUACCGACUGAGAUUAAGCGAUCUGUUUCAUGUCACUCUAUCAAUUGUAGCAUUUCUGGCAUUUGCUUCGUCACAUAAUGAUGUUGCGGCGUGCUACUACAAGGCUAUGCCAAGGAAGGUGACUAACGUGGUCCCGUUGGUAUUCGGGUUUGUGAUCAGCCUUCUGCUUGUGAUGUUCCCCUCAAAGAGGAAGGGGAUUGGUUAUCCAUUUUUGUUAAGAGCAGAUGCUCUGCAUAUAAGGGCGUAGAGAUGGGAUCAAGGACAACAAUUUAAGCAACUCCCAUUCAAACGUUGUGAUUUUUUAUACGCGGAAGAAGUUAUUCUUUAAUUUCAA